ACUACCCAUUUAUUACUUUUAACCAUCCAACGACACCGUUACGUCAUUCCUCACUUUCCUUCCUUUCCUACCCCAUAUCGAUCUCUCAUCUCCGGAGAACCACCGCACCCCACCACCCACAACCACCGCACACCCUCUCUCAUUCCAAAGUUUGCUACUUUCCUCAUUCACACUUCAAUUCCCGGUACCCUUUAACCUUUGUGUCCCCAAUUGUUCAUGAAAUUAUCUUCUUACAAUGAACUUCGAGCUCUCAGACAGCAGUGGAACAGAUGAUGAUCUUCCACCGCCACAUCAGCAGAAAUUCCGAAGUGCGGGCCCGGGUACCGGGAACGGAAGAACUAUGGCUGUUGGCAAUGCUCCAUUUCCAAGAAUUCAAAACGAUAUGGAAACGCAAAUCCACCUUAUAGAACAAGAAGCGUAUAGCUCGGUUUUGAGAGCAUUCAAAGCUCAGUCCGAUGCUAUCACAUGGGAAAUGGAAAGUUUGAUAACGGAUCUUAGAAAAGAGUUGAGAGUAUCGGAUGAAGAACACCGAAAGCUUUUAGCUAGAGUUAACAACGAUGACAUCAUCAAGAGGAUAAGGGAAUGGAGGAAGACAAACGGGGCGCAACCUGGCACGCUAAAUAGUCCUACGGUUUCUGCAUCACAAAAGAAACAAAAGACGUCCCAUUCUGGGCCUUCAUCGUCGUUGGGCCCACCUCCACCCACCCUCCAGCAGCCAUCGUCAUCAGGCUUGAACCGUGGCUCUGGUUCAGGGUUCAGGGGAAAGAAGCCACAAUCUUCUUUGCAGUAUGGUUCGGCAAGUUUCAACGGCAGGGAACAAGUUCCUAAGCAGGGCUUUGAUGAAGACAACAACUCCGAUCCGUUGAUUGGGAGGAAGGUUUGGACAAGAUGGCCCGAAGAUAAUAACUUCUAUGAGGCUAUAAUAAAAAAGUUCAACCCUGUUGAGGGUCGUCAUGCUCUGGUCUAUGAUAGCAAUACGCCGAAUGAAGCAUGGGAAUGGGUUAAUCUUAGAGAGAUAUCUCCGAACGACAUCUGUUGGAAAUGGGAGGACGUUGGGGUUUCAAAUAGAGGUGCGCGAAGUGGAUCGGGCCGCGGGAUAAAAGCUUCAACACCUCGUGUUGGGACUAAUUCUGGUUCCGGAAGAGGUAGACCGAUCGCAAAGGGUCAGUCCAAGAAAGAAGCACCCCAAAAAGAAAACGGCGUUGCAAAGAAACCUUUGAACACUAUCGAAAUACUUCACACCGAUACCCUUGUUAAAGAGUUAGACAAAGUGUUCAGUUCAAGCAGUGCUGACCCAAUGGACAUUGAGAAAGCCAGAAAAGUGCUGAAAGAGCAUGAACAAGCCCUUCUGGAUGCUAUUGCAAAGCUUGAAGGUGCCUCGGAUGGUGAAAGCGACCGUGAUCAUAUAUCAAGCAAACAUGAAGCGGGUGACGGUUCAGAUGGCGUUAAAGCGGCUGUAGAGGAUCAGAAAAACGUCGGUCAAGACUUGUUGCAAUAAUCACUUCAAAAAUCAUGUGAUGUACAAUGUCUGUCUAAUAUAUUGUGAUUAACUGUUUUGGUUUUUUUUUUGUAAUUUAAUGUAUUAUGCUAUCCUUCUGUCAUCUAUAACUUCACAUGGCUUGUUUGUUC